GACGAGAUGAAUAUGGCUGGGUGUAGGUUGCGGGCUGUAGCGGAACAACUUGGGGCUUUAUGGGCACGGAGCAGCAGACACGGCGGGUGUUCCGUGUGUGCCUAUAGUACAGCUGCUCAGCAGAGAAGCGCUGGAGACCAGACUACUGCUGAUGAUAACACUGUGGAUGACCAGCAGUCGUAUGCUGUGCGUGCUCUAGAAAGGAAAGCGCUCAAACUAGAGGAGGAAGUUCGAGACUUAUCAGAGCGCUACAAGAGAGCUAUUGCUGACUCUGAAAAUGUUAGAAAAAGAACUCAGAAGUUUGUGGAGGAUGCAAAACUAUUUGGUAUCCAGAGCUUUUGCCGGGACCUGGUGGAGGUGGCAGAUACCAUUGAGCAGGCAGUGGAGAAGGCCACAAAAGAAGGGAUAAGGGAUAUGGCAGCAGUCUUGUCCCAUCUGGAUGGAAAACUUCAGGGUGUCUUCAUUAAACAUGGACUUCAGAAAAUGACCCCACUUGAAGGCGAAUAUGACCCUUAUGACCAUGAAAUAGUUUGCCAUGUACCUGCUGAUGGGAAGAAGCCGGGCAGCAUAGCAACUAUUUCACUGGAUGGCUACAAACUACAUGGCCGUACCAUUCGGCAUGCACAAGUUGGAAUAGCAGUGGAGACCCAGGAAUGACAGAUGCUUUGACUGCCAACAAACCCCACCUGCGUUGUCCAAAACACUCCUUAUUUAUUUAAUUACCUUUAAAUUUAUUUUCAUUUUGGUGGUUCUCUUGGCCUAAAUGCUAAAUAACUUUUUAUUUCAUCCUGAAAAAAAAGAUUAGUGUACCCAGUACUUGGUGUAUGGGGCUGAAACUGGGCAUUUCGGUUAGAGAGGAUAAAAAUAUUUUUGUUUUUCUUUUAUAUGUUGUCUAUCUGUGUUAAAGUAUUUAUUGUUAUCUUACUCUAAUAAGCUGGUGCAGCAUAAAAUAGGCUGCCUAGAUAUUAUAUAUGUAAAUAGUUCUUUAAUUACAGACUGUAAAUGAAGCAUAGAUUAGUCUAUUUUGCAAUAUUUCAAAUCUUUAUGUAAUGGUUCCUAUACCUUUUUCAGGAUUUAUGAUAAUAUUCACAUGUUUUGUAGGGAAGGGAAUGUUUUCAUGAUGCAAAUCUCCUAUUCUGUGUUCAACUUCUUAGGGACUCUUGUAGUGAUAUGAUGCGCUCCUCAAGUCGAGUAAAGUCGGUAAAAAGAAAAACUUCUUCCAUUUGAGCAGUUUAAUAGCAGCAGACUCAAUGCACUCUACUUUAUGCAGUUUUCAUAGAAAGCAAUGUAGGGGGAUUUCAGGCCAUUUUUUGGCUGUGCCUUCUUAAAACCUGAAUUCAUCCAGUGUGCCAUUACUUAGAGCUCAGUGGGAAAUGAAUCUGACAGUGUGAGUUGGGGAGUAUUUAAAUCGUUGUUUUGCUGUAUAGAUCUGAAUUGAGUACUCCUCCACAUAAAUGAUGCACAGGCCAUGAAACGUAUAGUAAUAUCUACUCGGUACAUUUCAUCUUGCUGGUUAUGAAUGGUUAGUUGCAUUUUGCUUCUAGAAUUUUGUGCAGAACUCUUUAUACCCAAUAUAAGAAAAACACUGUACAAAUGUAAUACGCAGAGCAGUAAUAUGAACACUUAACUACAUCCCCCAAUAUUUACAUUUGUGUUUUGGCAAGCAUUAGGCUAAUGUCCCACAGAGUCACCUGCAAUAGACCUCUGCUACCGUGGGUUGCUAAUCGCUCUUAAAUGCUUUUCCACCAGCAACAAAGGCAACCGCUGGUGGAAAGGCACGUCCAUCGUUUUGGUUUUCUGAAGUCAUGCAAAGUUGCCUGCAGGAGAAAACUUUGUGCUAAUUUGGAAAACAAAAACGAUGAGUAAAGGCUUUUUGAGGAGACUAGUCACCCACGGGACAUUACACUAAGGGUUCAGUUAAUGUCAGAUUGUGGUUGUUUACAAUCAACAGACACUUUUCACUAGUUUUUAUAACUCUUAAUUUACCCUGUUUCUUUUUGUUCUGCUUUUUUUAUCUAGUGGCAUUUGCAUUAAAACAUUUAGAAUUCUAAGUUUUUGUGAGAUUUUGAUGUGCUGCCUAUGGCACACCUAGCAGGGACAGAUGGACAACCGCUCAGAAAGCCAAUUCACCUGCUGCCAUCUCUUCUGCCUCAGACGCUGUGUAAUGUAUAUUUCUUAGGAAAGCAGUGAUCAGCAGAUAGGGCAGUUCUGACUGUCGCUGAUUUCCACCUUAGCAUUGUGAUUGUCAAAACACCUUGUGUGCCAUGAGCAUCAUCUUUAAGGGAGAACUAAAGAAGUAGGUUAGAAAUGUUGUACAUUAUGUUUUGAGGUCUUGUUCCAGCCCAAGGCAGCCAUUUUUUCCAGCACAUGCUCUGUGCUGCUGUCAUCUUAGGGACCCGCUCACAAUAUACUGUAUACACAAAAAAUAUAUGGAAGAUGUAUAAUUUAUUCAGAUUCACAUUACAUGGCCGCUCUGAAAUUAGUGCAGUUAGCACCAGAAUUUAGUAAUCAGCUCUGUAGCAUCAGCUUAUAUGACACACAAACCUCAUUUUCUGCUUGAUAAUUUGUGGCGACCCCUAAGCUUAACUUCUCAAUAGCUGCUUAGAGCCCACUUAACUGUGAAGGCCUGGAUCAUUGCUGCAAUUGAGAUGCUGAAAGUUUAGGCUGGUGCAGUGAAUUCAGUAUAUAAAAUGUCAUUUUAAUCCAUAUUCAUUUUUAGGGUUUAGUUCUACUUUAAAUCAACUUUACGUAUGAUGUAGGAAUUGAAAUUCUGAGACAAUUUGCAAUUGGUCUUCAUGUUUUGUUUUUUUUCAGUUGUUUAGCCGAGUUUGGUAUUUCAGCAGCUAUCUGGUUGCUAGGGUCUUAUGGCAUAUAUAAUAUAGGAAUAUAACAUACUAAAAGUUAAGUUAACUUAGUUGAACUACCCCUUUAAGGUUUCCAUUUUAGUCUGCACAGCUCAUGCUGUUUCAUUACACAGAGUAUGCAUUUUACCGAUUAGCUCUCACAGACGAUAAACAGGAAAUAACGUUUUUGUCCAAAAUAUAACGUGAGAUUAUCUGCAGGUUGUACUGUUAGUAGGGUUCUUUUAUGUUAUUUGGAUUGCUUUAGUAAACCCUUACAAUAGUAAGCAAAGGGUAGUUGGAAAUGUUAUCUUCUAGAUGUAUAAGACUGUCACAUGAUCUCAGUGCUGCACAUAGGCAGUUUUUGGUCAACAAGGGUUAUUUGUGCCUGUUUUGCAGCAUGCUGUAUUGGCAUUUUACUGCCAGCAGAGAAAAUUGCAUUGCUUGAUAUUAGUCUUACAAGUGACAUCAGUACAAAAAUAUAUAUAUUUGGCCAGGGUAUUGGCUUCUCUCAAGCUCAUUGCCUGGGCAUUUGUGUCACCUUGGGGGCUCAGUUUUGACAGAUUAUUCUGCAGCCCUAAUGGAUUGUAGUUGUCCAGUUCAGACUGAAUUUCCUCUGCCAAUGCAUUGGCAAAUAAGGAGUGGGAGGAGCCGCAGCUCAUUUUUGCUUCCUACAAAUGAUACAUUAUCAGUUCAUUCAGCCAAGGGCCAAAUAGUUAAUAUUUUGAAGUUUGGCCAACUUAAAUUAGCUUUUUGAUUUCCUUAGCACUUUUCCGCCCUCUUCUUUCAUGUAUUUUACUAGCAGAAAGCAACGUGAAGGGGUUAAAUAUAUAUUAUAAAUCUUUUAGAUUGGAUUUAAAGGCCCUAUCAUUUAAAACUUAUAUUUAUCUAUAAUACAAAGAAGGAUUUUUCCAAAUUUUAAUAAUUGUAAGCUAUUGUGUAUCUUAUACAUAUUUUAUUUACAUCCAUUCCAGAAAUGAACUGCUUUAUAAGGCUCGUCUCACACAGGGCAGAUUUGGAAGGCCCCUUAUGAUCUAUUGAUCUCCUAGUAGCUAAUGACUCUGAGCUGACUGGCAAACUUGAAUUGCUUGGAUUUUGCAUGUGUCUGUGAAUGUCUGUACAGAGGAUUUCUGUGCACCCUACUUGUCUGGGGAGACCACUGCUUCACUAUUGUUGGGAAGACACUUGUUGGGAAGUAUGGCAACAGCCUGCCGAAGCCUGCUGUAAGCAACAGAGCUGCAAAGUAUUAAGCAGGAUUUUUAUUUUAACUACUGUUACUUUUAUUUCCUUUAGCAGACAGGGUGAAUUUACUUUUAAUUUACUUCUUACUCCUCAGCAUAUUGCAUUGAUAUGUUUGGUUUAGGUCUGCCGUGUUUUCUUUGAAACAAAAAACUAAACUAAAGUUAAAGAUUAUUUUUCAGGCAGUUGCAAUGACUAUUUUGUGGGGAUUAUGGAAGCUACUGCAGUAUAUAUCUAUAUAUCAAAUCUACAGAAACAAGUUCUACUUGGACUGCACUUAGUCUAAAUUUUAUCUGGUCAUAUACAUGAUUAUCUUUGUUUAAAGGGGUGGUUCCCCUUUAACUUUUAAUAUGAUGUAAACAAUUGGUUUUAUUUUUUGUUUUUUUUUUAAUUAUUUAGUUUUUUUGUUGAGCAGUUCUUCAUUGUGGAAUAUAGUAACUUUAUGGUUGCUAGGGUCCAGAUCACCCUUGCAACUAAGACAGUGGUUUGAAUAAGAGACUGCAGGAUGAAUAGGGAAAGGCUGGAAUAGACCAAUAAGGAAUAAAAAGCAACAGUAGAAUUGUAGCCUCAUGGAGCAAUAGUUUUUUGGCUGCUGGGGUCCGAGGCCCCCAUCUUACUGCUGGAAACUAGCAGAAGACUAAUAGUUUAAAAACAACAACAACAAAAAAAUGAAGGCCAAUUGAAAAGUUAUUAAGAGUAGGUCAUUCUGUAACAUACUAAAAGUUAUCUUAAAGGUGAACUACCCCUUUAACUGUGCCAUCAAACAAGUGGACCCUUAGCACAGACCUGAAUGUUCAUUCUUAACCAGUGACUGGAUGGUACAUGGAGUCUGUGCAGCGCCACCGUGGAGCAUGUACAUUUGGUGCCAUGACCGCCAGCAGGAUAUGAUAGUUGGAAAUCGAAUCUCAUUUUAGACCACAGAAAGUGUUACAUGUGUGCACAUUUGGGUGGAGAAUACAAGGGGAUAUUACUUACUUACUUUUGUUGAUCAGCAAUUCCAACAAAGUGAUAGUUACUGUGUUGAAUAGCAAUACUUUUAGCGCCAUGAAAGUAUUAACGUGCUGUAAAGUUUUGUUAUUUUAAGAGCAAAAUGGACAAUAGUCAUAUCUAUGUGUUUACAUUGACUCUCGGCCUUUACAACCAACUGUACUGUUGUUCUGUUGUACAUUUGCUAGCGCACACUAUUGUCUUGUUUCCUGUGUGACAAGUACAUGUAGAGAAAUGGUUUGAAGCACAGAUUGUAAAUAAUUAGGUGACUCUUUAUAAAUGUGUUUAUGUAUAUAUGAUUUCAGUAACUUAUAUGAUAUGUAUAUAUCUUUGAAAAUUUCUAUAGAAGUCAAAAGCACAUGGGGGGGGGGGAUAGUAGGCAAUAUAUAGCAAUCUGUCAUCCUAAAUACUCAAUCAGUUUAUAUCUCCUUUCAUCUGGAAAGGAGUUCAACUAAUGUACUGCUCAGAUUAUAUACACACGCACGAGCAGGCCAAAUCAUUUGUUCUUUACAGUACUAACAGAUGACAUCUUAUUAUGGUAACUGUGGGUAAAUCAGCAAAGUGCUUAGCAGAGGUGCAUCUGAAACAAAAGAACGGGCAGUUUCUGGGCUCAAUACAGUCUUUUGUCAAGCAGAUGAAACUAUUUCACCAUUCCUGGAAAGGUGAUGAAUCCAAAUAAAAAGCUAUUUUUAAAA